UAGUGGGACGUUCCGUUUCCGGUAAAAUCUUGCAAAAUCUUCAUUCUUUUAGUACAGACGGUUUCGGUUAGUGAUGAUUCAUGUGAAAAGAAUUCAGCGGAUUUAGUUGGAUUUGUGACAUGGCACAAUUGUUUUGUGAUAACAAGAAAGUGAAGAGUACCAGAUUCAAAUAACCUUUUGUGGAGGAAAAAUAAAAAUAAUCUUUUGUGGAGGAAAAUGGAUAUAAAACAAGAACUUGGUGAAUGGGUGUGGUUGGCACCGAAAAACCACGAUGAAUUCGAGAUUCCGUAUGCCGGGCGAGUACUUCGCACUCAUUCCGGGAAAACACUAAUUGUGGAUGACGAUGGUCAAGAAGUCUGGGUCACUGAUAGUGAUAUCAUCAAACCGAUCCAUGUAACGUCGCAAAGGACGGUAGAUGAUAUGAUAACGCUGGGUGACCUGCAGGAGUAUGCCAUUCUUCGAAAUCUAAUUGUGCGCUAUCGUCAAAAACAAAUCUACACAUACACCGGUAGCAUGCUGGUGGCGAUUAAUCCGUACGAAAUUCUACCGAUAUACACGUUCAACGAAAUCAAUCUGUAUAGAGAAAAGAAAAUUGGAGACCUCCCACCGCAUAUCUUCGCGAUUGGUGAUAGCGCAUACCAAGAGAUGCGUCGGGACGAAAGGGAUCAAUGCAUUGUGAUUAGUGGGGAAUCUGGGGCUGGGAAAACCGAGAGUACUAAACUGAUUUUGCAAUAUUUGGCUGCUACAAGUGGAAAGCAUUCAUGGAUUGAACAACAGAUCAUCGAGUCGAACCCAAUUUUGGAGGCGUUCGGAAAUGCGAAGACUGUCCGCAACGAUAACUCGUCUCGGUUCGGAAAAUACAUCGAUGUGCAUUUCAAUAAGGAAGGAGUUAUCGGCGGAGCAAAGAUCGAUCAGUACUUGCUGGAAAAGUCAAGAAUUGUGAACCAGAACAAGGGCGAGAGGAAUUAUCAUAUAUUCUAUUCCAUGUUGGCAGGAUUAAACAAAGAGGAGAAGAAGCUGCUAGAGUUAGAGGAUGCUUCAAAGUAUUACUAUUUGACACGAGGCCAAACGUUGACUUGCGAUGGACGAAGCGAUGCUGGCGAAUUUGCUGAUGUACGAGCCGCUAUGAAAAUGCUAUCGUUUAGUGAUCGUGACAUUUGGUCGGUAUUGAGUUUGCUGGCGGCAAUCCUGCAUCUGGGCAACGUGAAGUACAAGGCCACGACUGUGCAGAAUAUGGAUGCCGUCGAGGUGAACGACAACGUGAAUGUGACUAGAAUCAGCACCCUGUUGGGUGUGGCAAAGAACGCUUUGGUGCAAUCGCUGACAAGAAGAACCCGCAUUGCUCAAGGCGAGCGUGUAGUUUCACACAUUUCCAAGGAGCAGGCACUAGAAGCUCGGGAUGCGUUUGUAAAGGCCAUAUACGGAAAAAUAUUCGUCAUGAUUGUCGAUAAGAUUAACAGUGCCAUUUUUAAAUCGUCACCGAAGACGCGCAUUUGUAUAGGCGUCCUGGACAUCUUUGGAUUUGAGCAGUUUGAGACGAACAGCUUUGAGCAGUUGUGCAUUAAUUUCGCGAAUGAAAAUCUACAGCAAUUUUUUGUGAAACAUAUUUUUAAAAUGGAGCAAGCAGAAUAUACUCGUGAAGGCAUUAACUGGACCAACAUCGAAUUUAUUGACAAUCAAGAUGUGUUGGACAUGAUCGGUAUGAAAACGCUGCACAUCAUGGCCUUGAUAGACGAGGAAACUCGCUUUCCAAAAGGGACGGAUGUUACAAUGCUUUCUAAGUUACAUGCUACCCACGGGUCCAAAAGAAUCUAUCUGAAGCCGAAAUACGAUAAUGUACCGUCGUUCGGAGUACAGCACUUUGCUGGGACGGUAUUCUACAGUGUAAUUGGGUUCCUUGAAAAGAAUCGUGAUACUUUCAGUCCAGAUUUGAAAGAAUUGAUAACGAAAAGUAGUAACGAGUUCUUGCUGAAUUUAUUCAGUUCGGAUGAUACUUUAGACACUUCGAAGAGAUCUAUAACGUUAUCGCUACAGUUCCGAAAUUCUCUGGAAGCUCUGAUGAGAACACUUUCUGCAUGUCAUCCAUACUUCAUCCGUUGCAUCAAACCGAAUGAGUUGAAGAAACCAAAGAUAAUCGACAAUGCACUGUGUGUAAGGCAACUGAGGUAUUCUGGAAUGAUGGAAACUGCCAAAAUCAGAAAAGCUGGAUUCGCUAUACGACACAGCUAUUCAGAAUUUGUUGAACGAUAUCGACAUUUAGGCAAAAACAUUGGUCCAGCCCACAAAGUAGACUGUAUUACAGCAUCCAAACAAAUCUGUGCGCAAGUUUUGUCUGGGAUUCCUGACGACUACCAAUUUGGUAGAUCCAAAAUAUUCCUUAAAGAAAGUCACGAUGCGUUGUUAGAAUCAGAGCGUUCCCGAGUGUAUCUGUACUACGUUGUGCUAAUUCAGAGAGCUUUCCGUCGCGUACUAUUCUUCAAGUACAUUCGUAGAUAUCGUUGGGCUGCUAUCACAAUACAAAAACAUUGGAGAGCGCGUGGAUACCGAUCGAACUACUUGAUAAUCGUAAAAGGUUACCGAAGACUUCAAGCAGUAGUAAAAUCUCGUGAGUUGACGUACAAAUUUGGUAGACUUCGGGAAGCCAUUAUUCAUCUGCAAGCACAUUGUCGUGGGUACCUGAGUCGUAAAAAUCUAAGGGAUAAAAUUACUUACAAAGCUCAACGUAUGAACGAGCUGUUAGCUUUGAGACGGAAAGAAGAAAUACAAUUCAAGCAGUCUGGAAAUAAGCGCUGGAGAGAGGAUGCAGAGCACAACUAUUGGUUGCGCGUAGACGAGCUGAAUCAGGAAUUGGCCACGGAGGCAGAAAUGCGAAAACCCGUAGAGAUGGCUCAACCGUAUCAGACAAUCGACGUCGAAGAAAACAAUAAAGUGGUUGAUGAUGUUUUCAAUUUUCUCAACGACACUACGAGCCCAGAACCGGUCCCUAAGAGAUCGUUUGCCCAGCAGGACGAAGUCCCCGCAGAAACCGUCUCGUUUGCCAAUGGUGAAAAUUUUCCCUACCGCGAGGAUUUAUCCGACUAUAACUUUGCCAAGUACGCGGCCACGUACUUCGCCAACAAUGCGUCUUAUCAGUUCAGCAAGCGCAAGCUUAAAUCCUCGCUGUUAGACUUACCCAGUCCGGCCGACAUCAUUUCUGCACAGGCACUAUGGAUUACUAUUCUACGUUUCAUGGGCGAUAUGGCGGAGGCGCGAUACGAAGAAGAUAAUGAGCAAGCUAAAAACAGGCCCGUUAUGCAGAAGUUGACCGUCACGCUGGGGCGCAAUUUCGCUAAAACAAAAGACUUUCAGGCUUUUCAGCAAAAGCUAUCUGAGCACGAGCGGAAGUUGAUUCACCGAACGUUGAAACGGAAAACAAAGAUACCGUCUGAGCUGAAAGCGAUAGUUGAGAAUACGGAUGAAAUUUCGGAUUAUCAGGAAUUUUUAAACAAUAGAAGCUCAAACCUUGACAAGCUGCAUUUUAUAAUUGGGCAUGGUAUUCUGAACAAGCAGCUUAGAGAUGAGAUCUACUGUCAGAUUUGCAAGCAACUGAUGAACAAUCCGAGCUCUACGUCAUAUGCAAAAGGGUGGAUCUUAUUGUCACUGUGCGUUGGGUGCUUUCCACCAUCGACACGGUUUGAAAAAUAUUUGAGAUGUUUUAUUCGCGAAGGUCCCCAGUUGUAUGCUCCGUUCUGUGAGCACAGACUUGAUAGAACGGUUCAGAAUGGAGCUCGGCGACAGCCUCCAUCUUGGUUGGAGUUGCAGACUACCAAAACCAAGAAGCCGAUAGUGGUUUCCGUCACAAUGAUGGAUGGUUCUAGUAGGAAUGUAGACAUCGAUUCAGCUACGACGGCGGAAGAGAUGUGUGCAAAGCUAGCGAAUGGCAUUGGAUUGAAGGAUGACUUCGGAUUCUCUAUUUUUGUGAUGCUACAAGAUAAAGUUUUGCCGUUACAAAGCGGACGAGAGUUUAUUAUGGAUGCCAUAUCUAAUUGUGAGCAGUAUGAGAAAGAGCAGGGAGGAAAUGAACGCAAUGCUGUCUGGAAGAUAUUCUUCCGAAAGGAAAUGUUUGUACCGUGGCAUGAUCCAGCUUUUGAUGCGGUUGCUACUAAUUUGAUCUACGCUCAGAUUGUACGGGGAUUCAACCUAGGGGAGCUGAUUAGCACUUCCGAUAAAGAUAUUGCUAUGUUGGUAGCUUUGCAGUACUACGCAGAAUACGGACAUGAGAUGAAUGUAAAGACACUGCAAGAGCGUUUGAAGGAUUAUUUGCCAAGGAACCUAAUUAGACCAGAUACUACAGCCCGUUGGUUGCAGUUGAUUGAAAUGGCAUUCAAAAGAAGCCGCUGUGUAAAGGAAGGCUUACAGAGAAUAGUUGCAAAGGAAGACAUUGUUCUGUUUGCCAAACUUACAUGGGGUAUGAUGUUUUCGAGAUUUUAUGAAGCUGUUCAAACUGAUGGAACUAAACUCCCGUCCAGUAAUGUGAUGAUUGCGGUUAAUUGGUCUGGCGUUUACUUUGUCGAUGAUCAGGAACAGGUUUUAGUGGAACUAUCGUAUCCGGAAAUCGUUCAAAUGGAAGGCGAUGAAGGUGGUGAUUCAAGUGAAGUCGGGACGCUCUACAUUAGUACUAUCCAAAAGGAAGACUAUGUGUUCAAAUCGUUCGAGGCAAAGCCUCUCACUGAUCUAGUAAAUUACAUUUUGAGGGAGUUGCGUAAUAGAAGUAUAUAUGCGGUGGCUGUUCGUACCCACAGUAGCGAAGAACAAACGGAAUCGAUGUUGAGCUUGCUGAAAGGUGAUUUAGUAACACUGGGACAAGGAUUCACGGGAGAAUCGAUUUUGGCCGAGGACGCCACUUGGGGUUAUGGAGAGUCGAAUGGAAAAACCGGUUACUUCCCGACUGAAGUUAUUUACGUAUUACCAACCAUCAUGCCUCCAUCAGCAACUGUAUUGAGUCAUUAUAGAAGAGAAGGUGUGCUUAAACCUAGGAAGCAUGCCACUCCGAAUUACAACACAAUUCAAAGAAGGCGAAUGUACACUUUGCAGAGAUACGCUUCAGAAUAUUUCAGAGCACCGAUCAGUUUGGCAUCGUCAUCUGCAACAUUAAACAGUGUUAGAAAAUCAACAUCUGAGGAACUUUGGAAGCACACUAGGGAGCCAAUGAAAGCACCGCUAUUGCAGAAACUACAUCAAGAUAAAACCAGAGCCGAUACGGCGGUUGCAGUGUUCACGUGGAUUUUGAAGUACAUGGGAGACCUGCCAAAGGGACGUGAGAUGGUUGAUACAGACAUGAUUUUCGGUCCAGCAUUGAGCGAUGAUCUUCUGAGAGAUGAACUAUAUUGCCAGAUCAUGCGGCAACUCACUGAUAACCACAUUCAGAUCAGUGAAGAACGUGGCUGGGAUCUUCUUUGGCUCGCAACCGGAGUAAUGCUUCCGAGUCAACAAGUACUGAAGGAACUGUUCGAGUUCCUUAAGACCAGAAAACAUCCAAUCGCUACAGAAUGCCUCCAGAGAAUUCAGAAAACCUUGAAACUUGGUCACAGAAAAUACCCUCCCUACAUAGUGGAAGUAGAAGCUAUCCGUGUACGAACGGUGGAAAUCUAUCAUAAGGUUUAUUUCCCAGAUGAUACGGAUGAAGCUUUCCAGAUAGAGUCAUCUACCAAGACCAAAGACUUGGUGCAGACGAUCACCAAGCGGUUGGAGUUGAAGUCAAGUGAAGGUUUUAGUUUGUUCAUCAAGAUCGGCGAUAAGGUGUUCUCUAUUCCGGAGGAGUACUUCAUCUUCGACUUUAUCUACGAACUGAUGGAAUGGAUACGGGAAACUCUUCCAUCCAGGUCAAACGAUAAUCGUAUUCAGUGUGAGUAUCAGCUAUUCUUCAUGAAGAAGCUGUGGAUCAAUGUGGUUCCAGGAAAGGACCCAUGUGCAGAUGAAAUGUUCUAUUUCUAUCAGGAGGUGCCGAAGUUUUUACAGGGGUACUAUAAAGUAUCCAAAAAUGAGGCAAUAGAUCUGGCCGGGUACAUUUUCUGGGCUACUUAUGAAGAGGCGGACAUACAGCUACUGCAUAAAUCAUUCCCUGAAAUGAUGUUAUCGCUGGUUCCAGAAGAUGCCAUCAGAAUGCAAAAGGCUGAUCAAUGGAAAAAGGAUAUCGUUGCUAGAGUUAAUUCCUUGAAUGGAAUAAGUCAAUCAACGGCAAAGUUGGAGUUCCUUAAGAUUGUUCACAACUUUAUCAUGUUUGGUUCUACUUUUUUUGUUACUAAACAGACUACGGAUCAAAACCUUCCAGAAACGCUGCUGAUUGCUAUCAAUAAACAAGGGUUCAAUUUGAUCGAUCCACGCACAAAAGACCUAUUAGCGCAGUAUAGCUACAUGGAGCUUAAUUUUUGGAGUUCGGGAAAUACUUAUUUCCACAUCAAGUUUGGCAACAUGAUGGGAUCAUCCAAACUACUUUUGGAGACCAAACAAGGCUACAAAAUGGACGACCUUUUGACGUCUUACAUUCGCCACUUCAAAACUCAAGCGCAACGAAACUAG